AUGGAUGCACACUCGCACAGUGGCGGUGGAACGGCAGCCAACGGUGGCAGUACUCAACAAUUUUGCCUUCGGUGGCAUAAUCAUCAGGCAAGCUUAUUGAGCUCCCUACCAAUACUGUUGGAUCAGUCGCAUCUGACCGACGUGACACUGAUAGCGGAAGGACGCAACAUAAAGGCACACCGAGUAGUUCUCAGUGCGUGCAGCACCUUCUUUUCGGAACUGUUUCGAACCCUGGACGGGCCACUUUAUCCGGUGGUCGUUCUACCGGGUGCUUCCUUCCAUGCAGUUGUCGCCCUUCUCACCUUCAUGUAUUCCGGCGAAGUCAAUGUAUACGAAGAGCAAAUUUCAACCCUACUCUCGCUGGCCGAGACGUUGGGCAUCAAGGGAUUGGCUGAUUUCAGUGGAAAUUCCCACAAAUCAAGCACCCCAACGACUGAGGCUUCUUCGCGGGAAUCGGAAAUCCCUUCGCCGUACCAAGCAAUCAAAAUGGAGUCCCCUAGCGAGCAGCUGUUUCCACGUCCAUUUAACUUUCACUCACCACUAUUCCCCCAGGCCCUCAAUCUAGCGACGAACAAUAAUUGCUCGAGCAACAAUAAUAACACCAGCAACAGUACCGCCAACGGCGGCAACACCUGCUCGAGCGCAAACAAAUCGACGGACCUUUUCUCGAGAUUCCUUCCGCAAAAGUGUGAUAUGAUAGUCCCGAGCGAAGCACUAUGGAAAAUGAAUGAAGAAAGCGAGGCUAUAAAUAGAGAGAACAAAAGUGUCACCGGCAACAGCGGCAGUGGUAGCGGUCCCGGUGGUACCGCUGCCGGCUCGGAGGAUCGACAAUCUGUCAAUGCUAAUAAUAAGAACACCGCCAACCACCAGCAGCAAGCACAGCAGCAGCCGGCCAUUGAGAGACAAAACACUCCCCGAAACGACUCGGAAACCACCGCAGUCAGUGGAAAUCCUAAAUUUAAUCUCGACACUAACUAUCUCCACCAGCAGCAUCCGAAUGACUCGGCCCCGUCCACACCGUCCAGCAAUCCGGACGAACAGCUCCGGCCAGCGUCCCAAAACGCUUGUUCGAGCAAGAAAUCUAUCAGUCAGGAAAACAAGCGCAAGAAAAUCGACAAAAUUGCAGAGAAUCUUCGAACACAAACCACGGCAUCGGCGGCUGCAGCGGCUGCCGCUGCCGCCGCAGCUGCGGCAUCAUUCAACAAACACUUGCUCCAAUCGUUGAAAUUCCCACCGAGCAACACCCAGUCCCUGUCGCCGCUGCAUCUCUUCAGCAAGCCUCCCACCGUGACUCCGGUUAGCAAUCAACAAGCGGCCUUCCUAUCACACCACUUCCACACGAACGAAACCGCAUCGAAAACGCCGGAAAAUUUGAUCCUGGAAUCGUCCCACCCAAGCCCGGGCGCGGGAGCACUGAACCACUCGACGGCAUCGCCGGUUUCGUCGGCAGGUGCUUGUUCCGGCGCGUCCACCACACUGACGCCCUCGAUGGCUAUGGACAGCUUUGUCGGAGCUUCCUCUUUCAGUGCCAACAGUAUGCUGAAGGCAGCGGCGGCCGUUCAUCACCAAAAUCAACAACAGCAACAGCAGCAGCAGCAAAAACCACCCACCAAACUGUACGCCACGUGUUUCAUUUGCAACAAGCAGCUUAGCAAUCAGUACAAUCUGCGGGUCCAUCUGGAGACGCAUCAGAAUGUGAGAUACGCCUGCACCGUCUGUUCCCACGUGUCCCGCAGCAAGGACGCCCUGAGAAAGCACGUGUCGUACCGUCACCCGGGAACACCGAGUCCGUGCGAUCCGGACACCAAACGAAAACGCUCGAAGGCAAACCUCGGACAGAUGAUCAAGCAGGAACUGUUGAGCGAGCAGAGUGCAGCGAUAAGUCAUCUCAUCAAGCAGGAAAGCCUCAACGAUCCAGCGUCGCCCACUAUGAUCAGUCAGCAGCAGCAGCAGCAGCAACAACACCAACAACAACAACAGCUUCUAGCCAAUUUGACUUCCCAGGCCAACUCGAUUGCUUCGAUUCCUGGUUUUCUUCAGCAAGCGGCUUCAAUGCAAUCUGCCUUUUCCCCUAAAUCACUACUGUUCAAUGCUGCAUCAAUACCUACCUCCUUGGCACCAUCCCUGUCACAGCAUCCAUCGUCAAUCGUAGAGGCCUGCCAAUUUCUUCAACCAAAGGAUGUUAAUGCUAACUCUCCUUCGGUACCUGCUAACAGCUCAAACACCAGAACUCCAUCCCCAAUGGAAACCGGCAAGAUUAGCAACAACGGAUCGACGGAAAGUAUGGACGAAAGCCACUCCAACACCGAGGAAGUGGCCAAACCAGUCAUGUCUUAG